GGCGCAUUGGUGGCGGCCCCGAGAGCGGGUGAAAGAUGGCGGAGGGCGGCGGCGGCGGCGAGGCGGACCAGGAGGAGCCGAGGGCGGCGGGGCCGCGGCCCCCGAGCGCGCAGGACUUGCAGUUGGCCUUGGCAGAAUUAUAUGAAGAUGAAGUGAAAUGCAGAGCUUCCAAAUCUGAUAGACAUAAAGCUACAGCCUUUAAAAGCCCACAAACACCACCUCAAAGGUUCUAUUCAAGUGAACACGAAUGCAGUGGAUUACAUAUAGUUCGACCUUCAACGGGGAAGAUUGUGAAUGAACUUUUCAGAGAGGCAAGGGAGCAUGGGGCUGUCCCUCUGAAUGAAGCCACGAGAGCUUCGGGGGAUGACAAAUCUAAGUCUUUUACAGGUGGAGGAUACAGAUUGGGCGAUUCCUUUUGUAAGCGGUCUGAAUACAUCUAUGGAGAAAGUCAGUUACAAGAUGUUCAGAUUUUGCUUAAACUGUGGAGCAAUGGUUUCAGCUUAGACGAUGGAGAACUGAGACCUUACAGUGACCCAACAAAUGCUCAAUUUCUGGAGUCUGUUAAGAGAGGAGAGAUUCCCCUGGAGCUUCAGCGACUGGUCCAUGGAGGCCACGUGAACCUGGAUAUGGAAGAUCAUCAGGAUCAAGAAUACAUAAAACCUAGAUUGAGGUUCAAGGCUUUCAGUGGAGAAGGACAAAAACUUGGAAGCCUCACACCUGAAAUAGUCAGUACGCCUUCCUCCCCAGAAGAAGAGGAGAAGUCAUUACUUAGUGCAGUUGUUCUUAUUGAUGAUUCCGUGCCAACAACCAAAAUUCAGAUCAGAUUAGCAGACGGGAGCCGCUUGAUACAGAGAUUCAAUAGUACACACAGGAUCCUGGAUGUUCGGGACUUUAUUGUACAGUCCCGUCCUGAAUUUGCAGCUCUUGACUUUAUUCUGGUGACUUCAUUUCCAAACAAAGAGCUCACAGAUGAAAGCCUGACACUACAGGAAGCAGAUAUUCUUAACACCGUGAUACUCCAGCAACUGAAAUGACAUUGCUCCUCCCCAUGCAGUAGCAUGUGGGGACGGUAGUGUGCCAUGUUAGGGAGGAAGUACUUCUAGCGUAAACAAUUAUUUUUAUUCUUUAUACAGAUAAAUUUGGGUUUUAUUCUUAUUCUAUCUUCCAGCUUUAGUAUAGAUGAGUUUGGACUAGGAAUAGAUCUUGAGAUAAGUAUGUGUGAGGUUUUAGCUUCAAGGGCUGGCUUCUGUUGACAGCGUUUAAAUAUUCAUGCAGACCAAUUCGAUACAUGCUCAGAGUUCAUGUAACAACCUGUGUUUGCACAGAAAACUGAACAAAACCCCAUUUUGAUAAAUACAUCUGGUACAGUUUGCACUAAAGUUUCUUGAUGCUGCAUUGACCAACAGCCAUUAACAAAUCUUCUGAUCUAAUACUUUGAAAAUUUUUCUGUAAUGUAUACUGAAAAGUAUCUAUAUUCUGAUUUUGAAAAAAUUUGAUCAUAUAAUAAUAAUUUCUCCUAUGAAGAGUUUACACAUCCUUUUUACUUGCUGAUUUGGCUGUUUUGCUCGUCUCAGAAAAUACAGUUUAGCCUUGUAUUUUACAGAACUCUGACCAUCGUAAACUAGGAACAAAGACAUGAAGGUCAGCCGUUCCUGUGGAGAUGUGUUCAUAGCACUUUAAAGUAGAGUAACUACAAUCCCUCACAGAGCCUGCCUUGGUCACACUCAUUUAUUUAUUCAACACAUUUUUCUAGAGGACCCACUAAGUAUCCAAAACACUGUUCUAAGUGUCCAACCCAGAAUGUAUUCUACUGCGAGACAAAACGAGUGUAGAAAUACAGGAAUAUAAACUCCAUCAGCCAGCCUGGAUCUGAAGAAUUCCCAGCGUAAAUGUCUGUGUUUCUACUGCGGCCAAGAGAAAAGCUUGUUCUCCCCAGAUACCAUUUCAUCUUUGGUCACUCCUCCUGGUUAGUCUUUUACCGCUGCUGUAGCAAAUUACUACAAAUUUAGUGGCUUAAAUUAGCCCAGUUUUCUCAUACUUCUGUAGAUGAGACGUCUGGCGUGGGCCUCACUGGGCUAAAGCCAGGUGUCAGCGGGGCAGCAUUCCUCUGGGGCAGCUCCAGGGGAGAAAUGUGUCCUUGCCUUUCCAGCUUCAAGAGGCCACCUGCAUUCCUCGGCCUGUGGCCCCCUUUUUCCAUCUUGAAAACCAGCAACAUUGUGUCUCUCUGAUUCCUCUGUCAUCACAGCUGUUUGAAAACAGCCAGGGGAGAUUCUCUGCUUUUAAGGACUCGUGUGAUUAGAUUGGUCUACCAGAUAAUCUAAAGUUAUCUCCCCAUCAUAAGGUCCAUAGUAACCUUAACCAAAGCCUUGAAGUCCCUUUUGUCAUGUAAGGUGACAUAUCACAGGUUCCUUCUGGAGGCACCAGGGGUGAUCUCUUUGCCCCUUCCAGCUUGUAGAGGCAGCUGGCAUCCCUUUCCCUAUGGCUGUAUCCCUCCAGUCUCAGCUUCUGUCCUUGCAUCUUUACUUCCAGCUUUGAUUCUCCUGCUUUCUUACAAGGAUUCUGUGGUUACAUUUGACUUACCUAGAUAAUCCAGGAUAAUCUUGUUUCAAAAUACUUAAUCACAUCUGCAAAAUCUCUUUUACCAUGUAAGGUAACAAAUUCAUUUGGUUUGGGGAUUAGAACACGAACAUUUUGGGGGGCCAUUCUCUCCACCACAGUCCACUCCUGUCCCAAAGAUUCACAUUCCACAUAAAAGUUGCCCCAUCCAAGGUGCUCAAGUCUCAACCCACUACAGCAUCAACUUAAAGUGCAAAGUCUGACCUGAAUUUCACCAGCUCAAAUGUCCCAGAUCUCAUUUAAAUCACCUAAAGUAUGUGUGAGCAUCUGGGCGUGAUUCCUGGAACACAGUUUCUCUCCAUCUGUGCAGCUGUGAACCUAGAAAGCCAGUUACUGCUCCCAGAUAUGAUAGUAAGACAGGCAUGAAAUCACAGUUAUAGACAUUCCUGUUCGAAAAAAUAGAAAAUGGAAUGCAAAAAGGAGCCACCAGUGCCAAGCAGGGGGGACGUUCAGCCGUGCACACUCCAUUAGGUUUCAAGGCCGGGGAAUAAUCUGUGGCUCACAGCAGCACCUUCUAGGCCUGUGACUUUCUCUCAGAGUCAUCUUUUCUUUCUCAUGAAAGGUAGCAGGAGUUUGCAGCUGAGUAGCUGUAUGAGCUUGUUUCUGGCCUGUGGAAUCAUGGGAGGCUCAACCAUCUUUUCAUUUCAUGCUGCCUCUGUCUCUUGUGGUUUAAGAUGGCAACGUCUGCUGGUAUAACGUUCUUAAGAAACGUGUGGCUCUUCUGUGUAUGUUACUGAGGUUCACUCCAUUAGACCAGAGGCUCCUCCGCAGAGCUUUCACCCAGCUCUGUUUCUGAGUUUUUCUUAGAUGGCUGAGGGGCUCCGAGUCACACUCUUAAUGUCUUCAGAGAGCCUUUAAUGUGACCUUUUUUUUUUUUUUUUAGCUUUCUCAGGUAUUAGCAGAAGGUUGUAGGCCACAAUCUCAUCUCUUUCCACAGAGCAGGCUUCCCUGACAGUGAAUCUCUGCACUUUAAUGUCUUUGCCAUUUGGGUAAACUAAGAAUUUCCAAGUCAUCAAGUCCUGUUUCCUUGUUUUUAACAGUCCUUCCCUCAGUUUAUCUGUUUCCUCUCACGUUUUACUAUAAUCAGUGAGAAGAAAGCAGGCUGCACCCUCCUCACUUUGCUUAUGAAUCUCUUCAGCUAAAUGGCUUGAGUUUCUCUCUUACGCCUCUCACUUUCCACCUGGCUGCAGUUACAGUUCAGCUAAGCUUUCUGCCGCCGAAUCACUAGAACCUCUUUUCCUUCAGUUUCCCACAGCACGUGCCUCCUUUCUUCUGAGCCCUCACCAGCAGCACCUUUAAAGUCCUUAUUUCUAGUAACCGUGUGCUCACAGCAGUGUAGGUAUCUCUGCCCCCCACGCCCCAGCCUCCUCGGAGCCCUCGCUGCCAUUCGCAUCCCAAUAUCUGCUGCCAGGGCUCAAGGCAACCAUGGUGCUGUCACACUCCUAAAACUCCUUCCUCUGCCCACUGCCCCGUUCCAAAGCCACUUCUGCAUUUGUGGGCAUUUGGAGAGGUCCACUGUGCCGCCUCACUGCCAGUUGGCUUGAAUGUGCCAAGUAGGAGCUUUGAACGUCGCCUUUCUCUGGGGGCUCUGGUCACUGCAAGGAGCUGCAUUCACCUUUGUGGGGGCAGGUAGCGGGAGGGCUGCCACACCUGCCCAGCACGGAAGUGUUGGUCUCAGCACCACAAAGAACGCUUGUGCUCAGUGUCGUGAUACAGGAUAAGAAGCGUAUUCCUAGGUCUUCUCAGAAUGGGAAACUCUGUUCCUUUCCACUAAUUGAAAACAACCUGGAGAAUACAUAAAUGACAGUUCAAAAAGUCAGCCUCUGUUCAGAAAGAUUACCAGGGAUAAACUAUGUUUUCAAGGAGCAAAAUUGUAUUCCUAUGGAAAUAACCUAUUGAAACAAAGAAACAUUUUAAAAAGGGCGUUGCCCUGUUUGGGGUUAACAAAAUGGAGAAAACAUUUACCUGUAAAAUUAUUUGAAAUUUUAUUCUUGUAGUUUCUUUUUAAUCAGUUAGAUGGAGUGCCUGUAGACGCACAUACUAAAACGACUGCCAUUUCUGUAUAUAAGUCUUCCAAAAUAGAUUCACAUCGGGAGGGAGGAUUACACAUCCAGAGGGAUGGACAGUACUUUCAUGUGUUCCACGAAAUGUUUUGCUUAACUUAGAGUUUUCCUGAAUUCUUUUUACUGUUGCAGUCACUGUAACUUUUAAAAUUUAUAAUCCUCUCAGAAGUGAUCAUUACAAUAAACAGACAACCACAUGUGAUGUCAUUUUGUCAGUUUGCAUGACGUGUGUAAUCGAAAAGUAAAUGUCUGCUUCCCAAUAAAGAAUGUUUUCAC